UAUUUCGGCGCUAUUUCUACCGUGCUUGUGUUGGAGAUGCUCUUACUAGUCGCAUGAGGACUUGGACAACACGUCCAAUGCCAUGGACAAAACCAAGGACCUGCUGCGGCCUGCAGCUGUAUUUCUCUUCUUCCUCGUCCCAUCCGUUGGACGCGCCAUGGAGUCACUGCCGCUCUACCUGCUGCUCCUCCCUCUCCUGGCCAUCGCCCCCUUCCUAUGGCUCAACCGCCGGCGCACGCCGGCCAUCCGUCUGCCUCCGUCGCCGUGGGCGCUCCCGGUGCUCGGCCACCUACACCGCCUCGCGCGGGACCUGCCGCACCGUGCCAUGCGCGACCUAGCGCGGCUCCACGGCCCGCUCGUCAUGCUCCGCCUCGGCGGGCUGCCCGUCGUCGUCGCCUCCUCCGCGGACGCCGCGCGCGAGGUCAUGGUGUCCCGCGACGUCGACUUCGCCUCCCGCCACAUGAGCCGCAUGGUGCGCCUGUCCAUCGCGCCGGGCGCAGAGGGGAUCAUCUUCGCGCCCUACUGCGACGAGUGGCGCCAGCUCCGCAAGAUCUGCACCGUCGAGCUGCUCAGCGCCCGCCGCGUGCGCUCCUUCCGCCCCGUACGCGAGGAGGAGGCCGGCCGGCUACUCCGCGCGGUGGCGGUAUCUGCGUCGCGGGGCACGGUGAACCUCAGUGAGCUGCUGUCGGCGUACGCCACCGACUCGUCGGUGCGCGCCGUCCUCGGGAGCAGGUUGAAGAAUCGCGACGCGUUCCUGGCGUUGCUGCAGCGCGGGACCAAGCUGUUCUCCGGGAUGAGCUUGCCGGACCUCUACCCGUCGUCGCGUCUGGCCAUGCUCGUCAGCGGGAUGCCACGCCGGAUCAAGCAACACCGCCAAGAAUUGGCCGUGUUCAUGGACGAUGUCGUCCGGGAGCACCAGCAGGACCGGCAGACCAACGACGAGGAGGAGGAGGACCUGCUGGACGUGCUCCUGAGGAUCCAGCGGGAAGGCGACCUGCAGUUCCCCUUGUCCACCGACAACAUCAAGUCGGCCGUCGGGGACAUGUUUGCAGGCGGCAGCGACACGGCGGCAACGACGCUGCAGUGGGCCAUGUCUGAGCUGGUGAGGAAUCCGAGAGCGAUGCGGAAGGCGCAGGACGAGGUCCGGCUCGCGCUAGCCGGACAGCCCACGGUGACCGAGGCUUCCCUCGCCGAUCUAAACUACCUGCGCCUGGUGGUCAAGGAGGCGCUCCGGCUGCACCCGCCGGCGCCGCUGCUGCUGCCGCGGGAGUGCCGGAGCGACGGCUGCCGUGUGCUCGGCUACGACGUGCCCAAGGGGACCAUGGUGCUCGUCAACGCCUGGGCCAUCAGCAGGGACCCGGCCAACUGGGACGCCGCGGAGGAGUUCAUGCCAGAGAGGUUCGAGCGCGGCGAGGCUGCCGACUUCAGGGGGGCGGACAUGGAGUACACGCCGUUCGGGGCGGGCCGGCGGAUGUGCCCCGGGAUGGCGUUCGGGCUGGCCAACGUGGAGCUCGCGCUCGCCGGGCUGCUGUACCACUUCGACUGGGAGAUGCCCGGCGGGGCGGGGGUCGGGGAGGAGCUGGACAUGGCGGAGGAGAUGAGCGUCACCGUGCACCGGCGCAAUGACCUCGUGCUUGUCCCCGUGGUCCGAGUGCCCGUGCCACCGAUUUAGUUUAUAGAAAAUGCGGUUUGGGCGAUGCUUGUCCCCGUGGUGCGAUGUGGAUGUUACGGAAGAAAUGGACACGUGGCAUUGUAGAUGCGGCUUUGCUAAAAAUCAGUGGACUGAGACUUCGCGAAGUCUAGAUCGAUACUAUAGUCCGUUGAUUUUGCCUUAAGAUUUGUGUAAAUAAUUUUUUCCAGUAUUUUUUUGCAUAUAAU